UCUUACAACUCACGCCGCAAGUAAACACAGAUUUACACAUCCCUGCACCAUUUCGGAAGCGGUCAGUUUGAUUAUCCACGGCUCUGAGAAAUGACCACUAUCAAAGCCAUUUGUUGUAUAGGUGCUGGGUAUGUUGGCGGCCCGACUUGUAGUGUUAUCGCGUUAAAAUGCCCGGAGAUUAAAGUUACUGUAGUUGAUCUAACCAAGCCGCGAAUUGACUCUUGGAAUUCGGAGAAAUUACCGAUCUUUGAGCCUGGUCUUGAUGAUGUUGUAAAGAAGUGUCGUGGGAAAAACCUGUUCUUUUCAACAGAUAUCGACAGCGCAAUCCGCGAAGCUGAUUUAAUAUUCAUUUGUGUUAAUACACCAACAAAAACCUUCGGAUUGGGGAAGGGCCAGGCACCAGAUUUGAAGUACAUAGAAUCAGCGGCAAGACGCAUUGCAGAGGUUGCUGAUGGAGAGAAGAUUGUUGUGGAGAAGAGCACAGUACCUGUUAGGGCUGCUGAAAGUAUUACAAGAAUUUUUGAGGCCAAUGGAAGUAGAGGAAAAUUCCAGGUUUUAUCCAAUCCAGAGUUUUUGGCUGAGGGUACAGCUAUCAAGGACUUGAUGGAACCUGAUAGAGUUCUGAUUGGGGGUGAACAAACCAGGGAAGGAUACAAAGCCAUUGAGGCCUUGUCAUCUGUUUAUGAACACUGGAUUCCUAAAGAAAAUGUAAUCAAAACCAACACGUGGUCCUCUGAGCUUUCCAAGCUGGCAGCCAAUGCUUUCCUAGCUCAGCGUAUCUCCAGCAUCAAUGCCAUGAGUGCGAUUUGUGAGGCGACUGGUGCAAAUGUGUCUGAAGUGGCAAGUGCAAUUGGUCGAGAUACAAGGAUAGGACGGCACUUUUUGCAAGCCUCUGUUGGUUUUGGUGGAAGCUGUUUCCAGAAGGAUGUCCUCAACCUUGUUUACCUUUGUGAGGCAUUAAACUUGCCUGAAGUUGCAAACUACUGGUACCAAGUAAUUGCCAUGAAUGAGUAUCAACGACGGCGUUUUGCCAGUAGAAUUGUGAAUUGCCUGUUCAACACCGUGACUGACAAGAAGAUUGCAUUGCUUGGAUUUGCCUUCAAGAAAAAUACUGGAGACACAAGAGAAUCAGCCAGCAUUUAUAUCUGCAAAUAUUUGAUGGACGAGGGGGCAAAGAUAACAGUUUUUGAUCCCAAGGUUGAGAAAGAUCAAAUCAUGUUGGAGUUGACCCAGCCUUCUAUUUCAGAAGAUCCAAAAAGAGUGGAAAGUCUGAUUACAAUAGCCGAUGAUCCUUACAAAGCAGUCCAAGAUGCACAUGCUCUUGUUGUUUGCACUGAAUGGGAUGAAUUCAAGUCAUAUGAUUACAAGCGAAUCUACGACAGCAUGCUGAAACCAGCGUUUGCCUUUGACGGCCGAAUGAUUCUGGAUCACUGCCAUCUACAUGAAAUUGGAUUCCAAGUAGAAACCAUCGGCAAAGUUGUGUCAUCUGGCUAUAUGCUACCACUCACUCCCCCACUAGCCCCCCCUAAGGAAGAGAAAUGAACUGGUCUCUAUGGGAAGAAGCAAAAAUUUAGCAAACAGUCAUUUAAUGACCUAAUGGUUAUCUGACGCCAAGAGUAAACAUGUUUGUUAUUUUACUUUUUACCAUUAUUUAGAAUAUCACUGGGAUAGAUUUUGCACCAUAUUUUGAAAGCACAUUAUUUAUUUUUAACAAGUGAACUUUUGGGUGCAGUUGGUUAAUUUAAACUUGCGAAAAAAUUGUAACUGUUGACACAAAAGUAUUAGAAUACGCCGCACUUUGAUCAAGCAAAACAGAAUUUGAAGAGCGGAAUUUUGAAGAGGAUGUUACGUUACAAGACUGUAUUCGUAUUUCUGCGCACCAAAGACGACCCACAAAUUCUCAUGCUCGGCUGUAUCUUGAAGUAUUCAAGUAUUCCUCGAAAAUAUAAUUUUAAUGCGAAAUGUGUUUUUCAAUUUUACUCCUACAGGAACAGUCCACAUAUGCUUAGGAGCAGUAAAUUUUCUUUUAAGGAAAAACUUAUUUCAAAGUGCGUAGAUCACGAGACGAUUAAAAUAUUUUGAGUGGUCUUAGCUUAGAGUAGAUUUUUUACAGAUCAUUUUGAGCAAUAUUGGAAAUGUUUUUUUGUGAAUAGAACAAUGUUAUUGUCGUUCUGCUCUUGAAGAGAUAUCGUCUAGACUUGUGUUGUAGCAAAGCGUUGUACAAUUCAUAGAAGCAUUAAAAACAUAUCACUCGCGUAUAGUGCU